UCUCUCUGUGUUAUUGAGUUAUACAGAGAAUUACCCCGCAUCGAUUCAAAUGAAAUAAACAGGAGGAGAGGAGAGGAAUCAGAGGAUACAUAAUCUUACACUUAAGUCUAUCUUUCUUGAACUUUAUCUCUAACUUUAUCUUUAUUUCUAUCUCUAUCUCUGUCUCGUAACUAGCUUUAUAUCUUUGCUUUCUUCAUUUAUUUAUCUACAUAUCAACCCUAAAUCCAAAACUCCAAAACAAACCUUCCAUUCAUAUCGAACUGAAAUCCAUCAGAAUCAUCUAGAGCCAUACUCAAAAAAAUGAGAUUACUAGCACCACUAGUUGAAGAUUUAAAGGCGGGUUUAAGUCCCGAGGCGCAGGUUUUGUUGAAGGGUGAUGAGGGGUAUGAUGAGGGGAUUGCGAGGUGGUCGAAGGCGGCGGAGAAGAAGGCUGUAGGUUUUUCCUUUUUUGGUUCUUCUUUUAUUUUGGGUUUUUGGGUUCUUGGCUUGGAAGGAUUUUAUGAUCGAGGAAUGGGUAUGAGGUCUUGAAGUGUGGAGGUUUGGUUGCUUGUGAGAUUUGUUGUAUCACAUGGGAAUUGAGAUAUCAUAGGCGGAUAUCUCAAAAGUUCCAUAUCUCUACACAUUUUUAAUCUUCGAUAUAUCUUCUAUAUAUUUUCUAACUUCAUCUCUAGGCUUUAGUCGUUUUUCCUACCACUUCUGAAGAUGUUUCCAAGAUUGUUCUCUUUGCCAAGGAACAUAAGUUUGAUUUUGCAGGUGCGUACUCUGAAAAUCGAUUUCCCGUCCUUCGCUUCUUGUCCACUCGGUCUAAGAGUCCUUCCCUUCCAUCUGCAUGCACAAUAUCACCAUAACAUAAUUCCACCCCAUUCAAGAAAACCUCAUAACUAACACCCAUCCCAGUCGUCGGUGGUGGUCACGGCUCAUCAGGCGCCUCGUCAACACACAACGGCCUCUCCCUCAACCUCUCCAAAAUGCGCAACGUGAUCGUAGACCCCGUCACCAAAUCCGCUCGCUGUGAAGGCGGCUGUCUCUGGUCCGACGUCGACACCGCCGCCUUCGCCCAUGGACUCGCCGCUGUCGGCGGCACCGUAAACCAUACGGGAAUCGGAGGACUCACCCUCGGAGGUGGCUUCGGAUAUCUAACCCCCAAGUACGGUUUGGUGAUUGACAAUCUCCUCGAAGCGGAGGUUGUUCUUGCAGAUGGAAGAAUCGUAACGUGUUCCGAAUAUCAAGAGCCUGAUCUCUUUUGGGCAAUCCGUGGAGCCGGUAUUGGAUUUGGUGUUGCGACUAGUUUUACCUAUCGACUUCAUCUCCAGCCCAACCGUGUCUGGGGAGGUCUUCUCAUUUUUCCACGCGAGAGAUUAGAGGCUAUCGUCUCAUUCUCCAACACAAUCGUGAAACUCACCGAAGAACGAGCAUUCCUCCUCCUCGGUAUCGCUGCUCCACCCCCCGCCUUCAAACCCGCCAUCCUCAUCCCCGUAUUCUACAACGGCACCGAAGCAGAAGGAAAAGCAUACUACAAAGCACUUCUCGAUCUCGAGCCCAUAGUAAACACAACCAAAGAAAUGGACUACGUAGAAGUAAACAGCAUGAUCAACGAACCAAUGGUCCACGGAUUCCGACGCAACAUGAAAGGAGCCGCAUGCAUGCUCCCACUAACCUACCCCUUCGCCGCAGAAAUCUUCUCGGAAACAGAAAAAUUCUUCAACGAAACCCCUGAUGCGAAACAUACACUGGUAGUAUUUGAAUACGUCCCUUUUGGAAAAAUUCUACAGGUAGGUCAACAAGACACGGCAUUUGCAAAUAGAGGCGCCUAUGGAAAUUUACUGAUUGGCGCGGGUUGGGAGCAAGAGGAAACGGAUCAGAAGUGUAGAGAGUGGUGUAGGAUGAUGGCGCAGAAAGCGAAGGUGGAAUUGGAGAGCAGGUUAAAGGAGGGUACGGAUGAGAUUACGAAGGAUGGGGUGGGAGCUUAUUCGAAUUAUGAUGGUGGUGAGUUUUUCUCUAAAAAUUUUCGGGUUUCUUUCAACUUCCCCAUCUUGAAUAUCGCUUGUGAAAUUCGCGAGCAGUGGAACGAACUCCUUUUCAAAUAUCCUCAAAGCAACAUCUCUUGGUAUCUUUCUUCAUACAAAAUUUGUCCUCUUGACUAAUGUAUUGAAUAGCAAGCCACGAAGGAGGUAGAUUGGCUUACGGGGUCAACUAUCCCCGCCUCGCCGAGUUGAAGAAAAAGUACGAUCCGGAGAAUUUGUUUUCCAAAGGCCCAGAUCUUGUUUCCUAAAUCACUGGAUUAAACUGUGACUAUUAAUCAAUGUCACUUUAUUAUACUCAAAAGGAGAUCAAAGAAUUUUUAUACAAGAGACCCUACAGUAAUGAUAU